UCCAUUCUACGUCAGCGAGGAAAGAUGGGUGGAGGCACUUGGCUAUGAAUGAACACAGGUACAUGUGACUUUACUUUCCACUAAGUAAAAGUUUGCAUGUCUACAUGAGUCUCUCUGAGUCUCUCUUGAGUUUCCUGCUCACUCUCCUGUGAUACCCCACAACUCCGGAUGUACAAACACAUGCUUUGGUUUUGGUGCCCAGAGAGGCCCAGAGCCAGCUUUGUGUUCGCAUCUCCAGGAGACUCGGUGAUGGAGACCCCCAAUUAAGUCUGGACCGACUGCCUGGAGGUCAAAUAUGAGCGGAGAGAGACAAUGGCCCUUGAAACAAUGGCCCAGCAGACGCAGACGUGUGCAGUCGCAGACGAGUGAGGAGGACCCCGCAGUAUGUCUGCCAGCACACUGCCCUGCCAGCCCUGUCAGAUGGACAGGAGUGGCAGCUUCUUCAAGCUGAUCGACACUUUCUCGUCGGAGAUCUCCGAGCUGAAGCAGGAGAUGGUGCCGCCAGCAGUGCCGGUGGACAGGGAGCCGGAGACGACCGUGCUGAGAGGGUUAGAAAACGAGGUGAGCGGACUCUUCUUGCAGGCGGCCGACUGCGCGGGCACUGGCGGGGUGCGGGAUUCCGGCUACGACUCGCUGCGGAGACGCCUCAGCGUGCUGGACCGACUGACACAGACGCAUGCCGUCUGGCUGCAGCUCUCGCUAGGAGACGACGAAGCCAGACGCAUCCUGCUGCCACAGUCACCAGGGACAUUCCUGGUUCGGAAGUCUCAGAAGCAGCAGAGGAAGGUGAUCUCCCUGCGCAUGGAGGGCAGCAGCGGUGACGCCGCCGUGCGGGACUUCCCCAUCAAGGAGAGUCAGUACACCUUCUCACUGGAGGGGUCGGGGAUCAGCUUUGCAGACCUGUUCCGCCUGGUCGCCUUCUGCUGCAUCAGCAGAGAUGUCCUUCCCUUUACCCUCAAGCUGCCCGAGGCCAUCUCCACAGCCAGGUCCCCCACUGAUCUGGAGGCUGUAGCAAAGUUGGGAAUAGGCUUCUGGGACUCUGACCUGAGUAAUAAGAGGAAGGAACCAUCGUCUCAGUCGCGGUCAACGCUUGAGGAAACCACCGUCCAACAGGAGGGGCAGAGUUCAACCCCGAGAGACAGCACCGACCCCAGCCUCCACACCCGCGCCCCAUCCCACCUCGAGCGCAGCCAAUCCAAAGGAGCGCUGUGCUUCAUCAACCCCCUGUUCCAGCACCAAGCAGACACCCCCAUCCCAGAGUUCCCCGUCGUGGCAACAGCACUGCCCACCACUUGUGACCCCCAGCAGACCGACGGCGGCGCCCCCCUCCAGAACGGCACACACUCAGGUCCCUCACCGAGCCAGAGCGGAGUACCUAGCGGCCACAGCGGUUCCACUCACAGCGGUGGUGGCAGCGGCGCCAUUCUGACCCGUGGCAAGAGCGUGUCCCGCUCGCCGCCGCCGCCCCGUCCGCCCCCUCCCCGCUCGCGCUCCGUUCCCCGCCGACCGGCGCCCCCCCGGCAGAGGAGCAUGCCGGAGACGGCCUCCUGGAUCAACCCUCCCCAGAAGGAGAAGAGUAGCCUGCUGGGCCGCCUGGGCUCCUCCUUCUCCUCCUCCCUGUCCUUCUCCUCGUCCUCGGCCUCCUCGCCGCCCAAACGCAUCAGCGCCCCCAUCCCCGUGCCCUCGUCCCGGGGCAAGAAGCCGCCCGCGGGGCCUGAUGUGGACGGCCACCGCUGCCACCUGGCUCUGGACGACCAGACCAUCGAGCAGGCCGUGUCGCUGAGCCUGGCCAAGCUGUCCCAGCGCAACGCCUCCAGCAUGGACACGGCCAGCCCCAGUCCCAACCCCAGCCCUCUGGAGCCUGGUCAGGGCUCGGGGGUCGGAGGUCAGAGGGUGGACGGCGGCGUUGGUAGUCGGACCCGCGGUAACAGCGAGCGCCUGAGCGACAUCAGUUUCUCCACCUCCUCGUCGGACUCACUGGACUUCUCCAACAGCUUCCCGCUGACCGUCGCGAGCUCCUCCAAAGCCGGGGGCCGCGGCGGCCUCACCGGCGACAGCAGCAUGGAGGAAGAGGAGGACGACGAAGAUGAGGAGUUGGACGGCGACUACGGGCCAGGGCCCGAGAGCGAUCAGGAGAUGCGGCCGCCCUUCAAGGCCAAGAAGCGGCCGAGCGCCGGCACCUUCGUGCUGCCGCGGGCCCUCCGCUGCCACCUGCGGAAGGUCAGCGGCGUGUUCAGCUCUCUGAUGACCCCCGAGCGGCGGGCGGUGCGCCGCGUCGUCGAGCAGGCCCACGACAAGAGCACCUACUUCGGCUGCCUGGUGCAGGACCACGUCAGCUUCCUGCUGGAGAACGGCGGCCUGGGCCACACGUCGGGCACCGAGCUCCUGCAGACGCUGCGCCAGUUCAUGACCCAGAUGAAGUCCUACCUCCUCCAGAGCUCCGAGCUCGACCCACCCAUCGAGUCCCUCGUGCCCGAGGACCAGAUCGACCAGGUGCUGGAGAAGGCCAUGCACAAAUGUGUGCUGAAGCCUCUGAAGGCAACGGUGGAGGCGGCCCUGCACGACUUCCAGGUGAAGAGCGGCGCCUGGCAGCAGCUGAAGGAGAACCUGGCACUGGCCAAGGCACGGCAGCCGCAGGAGAUGGGCGUGGACGGCGCACUGCCGCCCGACCCCGUGGCCAUCGAGAAGAUCCGCCACAAGUUCCACACCAUGCACAAGAUGUACUCGCCCGAGAAGAAAGUGGCACUGCUGCUGCGCGUGUGCAAGCUCAUCUACACCAUCAUGGAGGACCACUCAGGGAGGAUGUAUGGGGCUGAUGACUUCCUGCCCAUGCUGACCUAUGUACUGGCCCAGUGUGACAUGCCCCAGCUGGACACAGAGAUCCAGUACAUGAUGGAGCUGCUGGAUCCCUCCCUACUGCAAGGAGAAGGUGGCUACUACCUGACCAGUGCAUACGGCGCCAUGUCCCUCAUCCGCAACUUCCAGGAGGAGCAGGCGGCACGCAUUCUGAGCUCGGAGACGCGCAACACCCUGCAUCAGUGGCACCGCCGCCGCACCGCCCAGCGCACCACGCCCUCCGUGGACGACUUCCAGAACUACCUGAGAGUGGCGCUACAGGAGGUAGACUCUGGCUGCACCGCCAAGACCCUGAUGGUGCAUCCAUACGCCACCACCGAAGAAGUGUGCCAGAUCUGUGCUGAGAAGUUCAAGGUGCCCGACCCCGAGAACCACGCGCUCUUCCUGCUGACGGAGGAGACCACGCAGCAGCUGGCGCCGGACACACACCCCCAGAAGAUCAAGGCCGAGGUGCACAGCCGGCCCCAGGUGCAGCCCUUCUACUUUGUCUACCGCCGCGUGGCCAACCUCAACGAGCCCACAGACGACCAGCUCAACGGGAACUGCGAGUCCAACUGAGCCAAACAAACCUGCAUUCCCCAAGAACUGGCUUCUUACCACAGCCUCCACCCCCACCCUCAGCCUUAAUCGACAGACCCGACUGGUUGGCACCGGUAUUUUCCCCCAUCGCGUCCCAAAACGGGUGCCUGCCCUGCAUGGUCUGGACUUGCAAUGGAACUGAACUGUUUCUUCUUCUGCAACACUUCUCCAUUUCUGCAGUGGCGAAUGAGUUGUCAAGCAGAGAGUAUCAUUGCCCCAGAAUGGAAAAUGGCAUUUGGAGAAAAAGAGGGAAGGAAGGAUGUCUGACAGAUGUAGCUGUUGUUUUUUUCCCCCUCGCCCGUCACUAUUUUAAAGUGUCUGGAGUUGGCACGCGAUCUGGGCACGUGCGAGCAUUGCAGCACAUGUCAUACAAGAGCGUGAACCUGGCCUGUAGCACAUGUGUGGUCUAUUAUGACUUCAGACCAUCAGAUUAGACCAUCAGCUGAUACUCAUUCAAAACAUGUGAUGAAUCCUUACCGGGUCUGUAAGAGGUGUCAGUGGGGAUGGGGAAAUUAGGUCACCGCAGGUGGAGGGAUUCCCAGGGAUUUGUAGAUGUUUGCAGGCCAUGCCUUAACAUCUGUGUGCCUUGUGUGUCCACCUUCAGUGUGUUGUGCCUUUGAGAUCAGAUGCAUUCCUCUGUUAUAUUGCCAAGACGUGCACAGGGCUGCAACAGGGCUGAGAGUACUAGUAAGGGUUAUACUGGAAGAAGUUGCAAACUGUAAUCUGUCUUCUUGUACUGUCGAACGAUAUUUUAAGACCAUGUCCGCAAGGACCAAUUUUUGGUAAAGAAACAAAUGUCUGUGACAGAAAUUUAUAGAAGUUAUCGUGUAGUUAUUGUGUAUUUAGUGGAAAGUGUGUAUUAAUUAUAUUGGGAUAUUGUCUGUAAUUCUGCAGUUGCUGGUAGACUGCAUCUAUGUUUUUAUAUAUGAAUUAUUAUAAUACUAUUGCAUGUAUUUCUGUUGAUCUGAAAUGUAGAUUAAGAGCAAGAAGCAGGCAUUGUUGCCAGUGAUGUUUGAUUUUUGUCUUUAUAUGUUUUUAUAUGAACUAUUUAGAGUGUUAUACAAUCCUCCUUAACAACAACAUCCAUAUGAACUUCCCCUGACAUGUUGGCAUUGAUAUGAACGAGAUGACAAAAAAUAUUAGAACAUGAUGAUACUACUGAAAAUCUCACACUUGAGGGUUUGUGAAUGAUUCUCAACCUGUUAGGUUAAAUGGAUUGUGUAAAACGUGUAUGUGAGGGGUCCUAACUUGGACAUUUGUUUUACUUUGUUGUGAUAACUGUUGAGGGCUUUUGUAUGUAGUAAAGGCAAGUUAAUGGGAUGUGAAUUGAGAGUGAGAGUCAAUGCAAAAUAUAGGCUACUUGUAGGGAUAUACUAGCAAUGCAGCAGGUGAUGCAAUGUCCACAACAACGAACAUUAUGAAUUCUGUCAGGGGUAAGAUCAUAAAUGUUUGUGUCAGCAUCACUAUUAAUAAAACCCAGGGCAUUUGGUGGCUGCACUCACAGGAAACAGAAGUGAAAGAGGAAUGUUUUGGAGUUAAGGCGAGUGGCCAUGGACACCUACUAACAACUUUUAGUAAAACAACAAACACUAAGGUAACGGUUUGUUCAAUUUGUCAAGAAUACAAAUGAUGUUUGUGGAAAUGUUCCUUUUUUUUUUAACAAACAAAUGCAGUCCGUUUGAAAUGUAACUGUAAUUUUACUAGAUAUUUUAAUAAUGUUAAGUAUAUUUAUAUGUAAUCUGUGCAGGGAUUUUUCACAGAUUUAUGUUCAUUAUCCUGCCCCAGUGUAGUCCUUAUGCAGUCUUUCCGAAUCAACAGACGGAACUUCAAAGCUCCACACUGUUGUCAGUUAUACUUUAAUACCCUUUUGCACAAUAAAUGUUGGUUACAUGUG